AUGACCAUGACUACAGCAGUCGUUGGAUCAAUGGCCACAUUGGGGCUUCUCGAAGCAGAACCUGCCGAAAUAAAGAAGGUUGAUUUAGACAUCAACAUUGAUGAGGUCAUGGAUACCAACUCAGGUGCUGAGAUAGAAGACGUCAUGGAUACCAGCUGGGAUGCUGAGAUAGAAGACGGUAUGGAUACCAACUCAGGUGCUGAGGCGGAAAACAACGCUGGAGUAUCUGCCCGGGAUGCUACUCGUGAGCUUGCUGCUGUUACUGGUGGGCAGAGCCUCCGUAUUACCGUGCUUGGGUUGCCUGGAAAUGAAAGUACUGUUCUCCAAGUCAAAGCUCGCUGCACUUCACACUCUAAGCUUGAGAUAGAAGCCUAUAUGAUAACUGAAAGGCACAGCGAAAGGAUGAUAGGUCAAGCUAGUCGAUUGCUAGCGAGAGAGACCGCUGCCGAAAGAUUCUUUACUGCUAUCCAAGGUAAUUCUCUUGAUGUAACAUUUCCAAUACCCGGCUAUGAAGACAGUCUCCUUCGGGCUGAAGCUCGCUGGGAUUCCCGGUACGGAGUCGAGAUGAUGUGCGGAAUCUUGAAUGGUGUAGCCUCUCAGAUUUUGGGAUGA